AUGUUGGUUCCCAGCCCUGAGAAGAUGUCCUGGAAGGAGGAGCAUAUGAGUCCACCCUCAUGUUUCAUCCAGCACUUGGACCACCUUGUGUUGACUGUGAAGAGCAUUGAGGACACUGUGGCCUUUUAUUCCAAAGUCCUGGGCAUGGAGGUGGUGACUUUCAAGGGAAAUCGCAAAGCUUUACGUUUUGGCAACCAGAAGUUUAACCUGCAUGAGGCUGGGAAGGAGUUUGAACCCAAGGCUCGGUGCCCAGUCCCUGGCUCUGCAGAUAUCUGCCUUAUCACACAUGUGACCUUGGACCAGCUGAUGGAUCAUCUGAAGGCCUGUGGAGUGAUUAUUGAAGAAGGUCCUGUGGCCAGAACUGGUGCCAUGGGUCCAAUAACAUCUGUCUACUUCCGAGACCCUGAUGAGAACCUGAUCGAGGUUUCCAGGUACUGUACAGAAGCGACUGCAGACAGCAAAGGGAAACCUUAA